UAAGUAAAGUCAGCAUACUUUCCUGCGCUAGGAAUUAGCGGCUGAACAAAUUUCAAAAUUUGAAAAACCCCAAACUUGCCAGAAAUUCAGUUACCCUCCGUAGCCUCAUACCCCCACCUGAAUCUCUCUCCAAUCCCAAUAUAAACGUCAUGGCGUUGUUGAACAAAACCCGCGAAGACGCUCGGAGCUCCGAAGAAGAGGAGCUGGAAAAGCUCGAGUCCGAUGUGAUGGAAAUGGCGCACAGGAUUCUGGAUUACAGAGCUGCUCUCCCGGAUCAACUCAGGACCACUCUCGUUUCGGGACUUGCUUUUCAGAGACCCAUUUUCCCUCAUGGGUUGGAGCCCAGUCCAUCCGGACGUCCCAUUUUAGAAGGGCCGGUUGAAUCUAGUGUGGAGGCAGUACAGGCAGAAGAGGAUCAAGAGACUGCUGAGAAAAUACGAUUACUUAAAGAUAAAAUUUCAAGCAAUGUCUCAGCCACGCCUGUUGUUCUGAAGAGAAUGAAAGAUUGUAUUUCAAAGAUUGACAAAUUGGAUUCUUACAAAGAAAUCACACAUCCUGCAUUUAAGAGGAAAAAGAUUAGCUGACGAAAUUUUAUUGUCCAUCCUUAUUUAUGUAAUUGUUAAUUGAAGAGGAAUGCAAAGGGUGUUCCAAUAAUUUAUCAACUUUAUUUGCUCAAUGGGGACAUGCAUCCAGCUUUGGAAGGGAAGGGGAUCUACUGAUCCAUUGAGAGUACUCCCAAAGGCAUUCCUUAUGAUCUGUACCAUAUUUUGUUGAUAAUAUCCGCAGCAUCUCUUGCACCCAUCGAUCCAGUUACAAGGAAUGAAGAGAAGGUGCUAUGUUGUGGAAUGUUCAUAUUCUUUACAUUUUCCAUAUUUUCUUUCUUCUGUUAUUUUCUACUGGGAUAAGUCAUAAAAACUAAAAGCUGUCUGUGAAUGACCAGGUCAGUAACUCUUCUUUUCCAUUUUACCCCUUUGAACAUUUUCGUUUGUAGUCCACUUGUCUGUGGGAACGUUGCAUUGGGUUUGCAAAUUUUACAGCAGUUGGUUGGGUAGAGAGCUGCUGUUUCACAAGAUUGGCCGGCAACUAUGAGACUGGGAACAUCCAAACAGAUCAGUUACCAGAUCCUGUUUUGCUGAUUACUGGUUCAUCCUGAUGUCAAAUUAGUAGGACUAGCAAUCAAUCCUUCUAGUUAUUUGUUCAUCCAGGAGUAAAAAUGAUGUGUAGGUAGUUUACCCACUUCAGUUUUCAAGAUUCACAGUAAGUUAAAUAACUGAGGAAGAGGAAGAAGAGAGAUUAUAAAGUACAAUUCUUCCCUUUAUGAUGCUUGAAUGCUUUUUAAUGAGUUUCAACAUUUCAUCCAGAUUUUAAUGUCCCAAUCACCAGAAAUAAUAUUUACACUAAGCAUGUAAGAUCUGUUCAAUUUUUUUUUGUUAGCUCCAUUUUUUGACUUAUUUUCAUUCUUUCUUUUUAUUUGUAACAAUUGUGUUUGGCGUGUUUGUCGUGGUAUCCCCAUCCUCCUUUUGUAUCCUAUAGUGCUGUUUGUUUAAAAGAAAUGCAAACCUUGUAAAGUAACUAAUCACGACAGUGGAAUUUCAAAUACAUAGGCACAUAAUCUCUGAUGCAACUCAUCUUUGAUUAUUAUGCAUACAGUUAUUUUGGAAUUGAAGGUCAAGACUCAAGACUCAAGAGAAGGAGAUCUUGCAAACAGUUUUACUUGGGUUCCUUUGCAAUUAGGGUUUCACGAAGAGCCCUGAAGUGGUUAAUCAGUUUGUCACGGGGAGGCCAGGUUUCUCUGAUUUUUGGAGCAUCCAUGAAAUUCUUCAUCCAUGUCAGUAACAAUGGAAACUUCUCAUGAUCUAUCAAUGUCACACCUGCUAUCUCCUCAAAUACACUUACCAGAUUAGCAAGCCAACCAAAUGUUAGAUCUGCAAAUCCUACUGUUUCUCCACCCAGGAAUUUCUUUCCCCUUAGCUCUACUUCUAAAUAUUUCAAGUUUUCAUGGGCUGCAAUCAGUGCUUCCUCUUGGUCCUUCCCUUGCUUGAUAAAGGCUUCCCAUAUCAAUGGCAGAAUCUACAAUGAAACACAAUACAGGCAUGCAUGAGGCAAACAUUGAGGUUGAAUUCAGGUGGAAGACAUAUUUUUCACCCUCCAAUCACAGGUAUCACGACCUAUCAUGAUAAGCAUUGAGUGAGUAUUUUACCUUGUCAUCUCCAAAUUUUGCCCAAAAGCGCGCCAUGGCCCGUUGAUAAGGAUCUCCAGGCAGCAAGGAGGGAGUCUUGGACUUCCAUGUCUCCUCGAUGUAUUCAAGAAUAACUAAGGACUCUGAGAUGGGUUUUCCCUUAUGCAGCAGCACUGGAACCUUCUUGUAGACAGGAUUAUAUUGGAGAAGCAUGGAGCUCUUGUUGGAUAGAUCUUCAUAUAUCAUAUCAUAUUCAAUGCCCUUCACUUCUAAUGCCCACACUAUCCUUAGAGGAAAUGGACUUGACCAUGCUCUAAAGAGCUUCACUUCUGCCAUCGUCGGUUGCUUUUUCAACUUCUGCAGCCUGUAGCUGAGCUAUAGCUUCUUAUAAAGGAUUUUUCUUUUGGGAUUUGGUUAAUAUUCCUAUACUUUGCUCUAUUUGUCUAUA